AUGGACAAAAAGAAAUUAGCAAUGAUGUUCAACGUCGAUGACGACGAUGCUCCCCCAUUCCAACAAAAACAACUAGACGAGUAUAAACUCGCACACUACUCUCAAGGUGUCGUUCGCAAGUCCAAGAGGGAAAAAGAGAAAGAAGCGGCAGAGGCGAAGAGGAGGGAAGAGGAAGAGCAGGCUGCACAGGCGUAUGCGGACUUUAUCGAUGUCUUUGAUUCAGAGGGUCCGAAGCAAAAAGCCCGUUCUGGAGGAGGGGGGUUCGUACGUGCCGGUGGCGAAGGUGCUUAUAAGCCGUCGGGGGGAAGAAACCCCUUAGACGAAGGAGCGCCCAGGUCUAACUUCAAGGAUCGCCCGCCCUCUCCGGGCCCCGCAAAACCCAAACCCAAAGGCCAGCGUGCAAUGGACGCAUUUCUGGAAGAGAUAAAGAGGUUCGGCGGAGACCAAGCUGAGCGCGAGAGCAGGUUUAAGAAGUAUGCGGGAUCCCAUGGCAGUUCUGUUUCUGCUAUUGCUGCAUACGAAAGUCAAAGCGGCAGUCGAGACAGAGGAGACCCAGCUACAACAAAUAUAUUCGUAGCAAACCUCCCAGCGAAUAUCGACGAAAACUCCCUUGGAAUGUUCUUUGCGCGCAUCGGCCCUGUUGGAUCCGUGAAAAUCAUGUGGCCUCGUGCAGAUCCACACAACCCCCCAGGAUCGGAUAUUUCCACUUCUGCCCGACGAGGAAUGUCUGGUUUUGUAUCAUAUAUGACCCGCGCCGACGCUGAAGCAUGCGUUCGUGAACUGGACGGAUUCGAUUGGGGUGGAAGUGUGCUUAGGGUUGGAUGGAGUAAGGCUGUGCCGAUUGCUGCGAGAGCCAUGUAUGGAGGAGCAGGAGUCGGUCGAGGAGUCCAAGAAGGGAUAGGGAAAAGGACAAGCGGAGGAGAUCCAGGUCUAGGUCAAGGGAUCAUCAUCGGGAAAGGGAAAGGGAUCGUGACCGCGAGAGGGAUAGGACUAGGGACUACGAUAGACGUAAAACAUCUCGUCGUUCUAGGUCUCGCUCUCGAGAUCGCCACCACACUCGUCGUCGUAGAUCUUCAUCCUAUUCGACUCGGUCUCGCUCCCGCUCGAGAACACCUACGCCAAAGGACCUUGGCUACCUCGGAAUCACACCCACGCAAGAAGAGUUUAUUCACCUUGUUGGAAACGAGGGAGAAGAAUAACCCAAGCUUUGAGUUUUUGUGGGAUGACAAGAAUCCUGGUCAUUUGUUGUAUAAGCAUUUGCUAGAUGGGGCGUCGUUGCCUCCUCCGCCACCUGUAUUCGAUGAAGAUGGCCCGCACUCAGCCUACUCGACAGACUCGGGCGAAGAAUCCGAGCGGGAGCGUAUCCGCAAGGGAACCCUCGGGAAACUGGCCCGAAAGAGAUUCCAUGUCCUCCUUCGCGGUUUGUCAGGCAAACGAGGUGAACUUGCACGGUGCAUGGCAUUCUCGCUAGAGCACGCCGAAUCGGCUGCCGAGGUCGCGGAAAUAAUCAUCUCAUCGCUCAUGGUCGAUUCGACACCCGUCCCGCGCAAAAUCGCCCGACUACACCUGAUCUGUGAUAUUUUGCACAAUUCAGCCGCCUCGAUCACCAACGCGUGGAAAUUCAGACAGGAAUUCGAAUCUCGUCUGGGAGGAGUGUUCGACCAUCUGUGUGCAAUCCACCGCUCGUUCCCUGGGCGCAUCACGGCCGAGACGUUUAAAAAGCAGGUCCUGAGCGUUGUAGAGGUGUGGGAAGAUUGGAUUGUGUUUACGCCCGAGUUUACGAGCGAGUUGAGGAAGCGGUUGGAUGGGAAGGAUGUUGGGGAAGAGAGAAAGGAGGGAGAAGAGCGGGUGGAAAAGGUGGAGGAGAGAAAGGUUGUGAGCAAAUUCAAGGCUGCUGCGUUUGGAGCGGUUGUGGAGCCGGCGAAGGAGGCUGAGGAUCUGGACGGGGAAAAGGUUGAGGAUAUCGAUGGAGAGAAUCUCGACGGCGAAAACAUCGAUGGGGAGAAUCUCGACGGAGAGAACAUUGAUGGGGAACAUUGA